GCGCCCCAGUGGGACAGCCCCCGGCCGGAGGAUGCCCCCGUCGAGGCACCGGCCGAGCCGGAGAGCGAAGGCGGCCUCGAGCUCUACGGCGAGGACGAGGCUACGCCUGCGGCCGAGGUCGCCGCCGACCAGCCGCCCCCCGAGCCUGAGCCCGAGCCCGAGCCCGAACCCGCGGAGGAGAGCAUGAGCGAGCGCCCCACCGUCGAGGAGAUCGAGGCCGAGCGCCUGGUGUCCGAGGCCACGGAGGCGGCCACCCUGGCGGCCCUGUCGGGCGUCUCGCGCCCGGGCAGCAACACCGCCCAGCCGCUGUCCCUGCCGGGCGGCGAGCGCACCCUGGAGCAGGUGGUGCGCGACGCCAUCGCCGAGCACCUCAAGACCUGGCUCGACGCCAACCUGCCGACCCUCGUCGAGCGCGUGGUGCGCGAGGAAGUUCGCCGCUUGGCCGACAGCGCCGGACGUGACGCGCUGUCCGUCCGCUUGACCGUCCUCCAGGGGGCGGUGCCGGGCCGAUCCCGCGAUUUUCAGCGCGCGCUGCCGGGCCAGCCUCCCCCUCGGGAGGGUGGCGCCGCGGCGGCGCGGAUUGUAUGGAAGGCCGCGCGCCGGCUGGGCCGGCGCGGUGCAGGCAGCAGGAGACGGCGAGACAUGGCCGAAUUGGACAAGACCUUCCGCCCGGCCGAGGUGGAGGCCAAGCAGUACGACGUGUGGGAGCGGCGCGGGGCCUUCGCCAGCGACGUCGAGUCCAACGCCCAGCCCUACACCAUCAUGAUGCCGCCGCCGAACGUCACCGGCAGCCUGCACAUGGGCCAUGCGCUGACCUUCACCAUUCAGGACGUGCUGAUCCGCUGGCACCGCAUGGCCGGGCGCGACGCCCUCUGGCAGCCGG